UGAGUCUAUUAUCAUUGCUUUUUAUGCUAUAAAACAUAAGAAUCAUGAAUCUGAUAUUUACCAAACAUUUUAUGAACUGCAGUUGUCAAGUUUACGUGGACUAUUAAAUUCGAAUAAUAAGUGAAGGCUCUUGUUGCUGUGUUUUCGUCUACUAACCCAGUGAAUACCUGCUCCCAAUUUUAUCGUGCAGUUGAAGUCUUCUUAUCACAAAGAAAAACAAUCACAGGUGACAAGCGCGAACCAAACUUCCGAGGUUCGAACGAUCAGUCAGAACAGGUUUGAGCGAAGCCGGUGUUCAAGCCGGGUGGCACAACACGGGAAUCUCCUGACUGAAGCUUAAAACGAUAUCACACAAAGAUGAAUGCAAUAACCUCGGGUAAAACCAAUCAUUCGUGAUAUCUGGUUUCGGUGAGUAAAACUGGAAACACGUCGAUCGGUGUGUAUGUAUGGGACUCUGUUCUGCUCAAGCUGGUCAGAUCAACUGAUUUAGUAGUAGCCUUAGUUGGACUCGAGUCUCCGACCGAUGUUGACAGACAAGUGCACGGUAAGGUGAAUCAUCCUAAUGACGGGUAAUCAGAUCAUAAUCUUAGUUGCGCUAAUUAGCCUGGUAAGCGUAACCGUCGUAGAAGGCCAAUAUCGGAGCACUUGCAGAACACCGAUCAAUGAGCCUGGCUUGUGUGUCUUUGUUUCCGAAUGCUCGUUCAUACGGCGGGUUCUACAAAAACCGAUUCUCGAUAACAAUGACAUACGCUACAUUGAAGCAAGCCGCUGUGGAGUUCAUGAGAAGAAACCGCUGGUAUGCUGUGCCGAACCUUCCGGUGGGGCGCCGGUAGAACCUGCGCCUAGUACUCCUCCGGCUAUUUCAAAGCGUGUUGACAAUUUACCGCUCAAUGUUGAUAAAUUACGUUUACUGCCGAGGGCUCCUAGCUGCGGUAUUCAAUACAGUGACAGAAUCGUUGGUGGUGAGCGCACAAAAAUCGAUGAAUAUCCAUGGACGGCACGGAUUCAGCACAUUGAUAAACGCAGCAACAAUUAUGGCUUCCACUGUGGAGGAUCGUUGAUCAACGAAUUGUACGUGUUAACCGCUGCUCACUGUAUAUUGUCGCUGCCUAAAUCCUGGACGGUAACUGCUGUCCGAUUGGGCGAAUGGGACACCAGUGUUGACCCAGAUUGCGAUGAGCUUGAUCCCACCGAUUGCUACGAUCCAGUGCAGGACAUCCAAGUCACCAAAAGUGUGCCGCAUGAAAACUAUGUCAGCGGAAAAACGGAAGUCCAGAAUGACAUCGCAUUGCUCCGGUUAGCGCAGAAGGUACGCUACUCGGAUACGGUGAUGCCGAUUUGUCUCCCACUGGAUGAUCUUGCCGCCAGACGGUCGUACGAAUCGACGAAACUGUUUGUGGCCGGCUGGGGCCAAACGGAAACCGACCGGAGCAGUCGAUACAAGUUGUUCGUAGCAGUUAACGGUGUAUCGGAGGAAACUUGCCGUAAGCAGUAUCCGAUGGCGAACAUAAACGAUAGACUCCUCUGUGCUGGUGGAGAAGCUGGUAAAGAUUCCUGCAAGGGGGACUCCGGAGGACCACUAAUGGAUGUAGUUGCUUCAGAACAGGGACAAGCAGUGUACUAUCUCGCUGGAGUUGUUAGCUUUGGAAGGCAGUGCGGCACGAGGGAUGUCCCUGGUGUAUACACCAAGGUAACCAAAUUCGUCAACUGGAUAUCAAACAAUAUUGAUCCCUAGGUUUUAUUCAAGUAAACAUUAUAUAAUACUCAUAA